UCAGCCGUGGGACACAAGCAGACAUGCAAACCAACCAAAACCAGUAGACCAAAGCUAGCUGCUAGCUCGGCGAAAGGUGCAGCUUGUUGGUCAACCUCCGAUCGAUCCAGCAGCCAAGUACCAAACAUCCCUGUUCGUGUGAGCAAGUUACAGCAGCAUGGCCGGCAGAGACAGGGACCCGCUGGUGGUUGGUAGGGUGGUGGGCGACGUGCUCGACCCCUUCGUCCGGACCACCAACCUCAGGGUCAACUACGGCUCCAGGACGGUAUCCAACGGCUGCGAGCUCAAGCCAUCCAUGGUCGUGCACCAGCCAAGGGUUGAGGUCGGCGGCGCCGACAUGAGGACAUUCUACACCCUCGCGAUGGUUGAUCCGGAUGCUCCAAGCCCAAGCGACCCGAACCUCAGGGAGUAUUUGCACUGGCUGGUCACUGAUAUUCCGGGAACUACUGGUGCAUCAUUUGGGCAAGAGGUGAUGUGCUACGAGAGCCCUCGGCCUACCAUGGGGAUCCACCGCUUUGUAUUCGUGCUGUUCCAGCAGGUGGGGCGGCAGACGGUGUACGCUCCCGGCUGGCGCCGGAACUUCAACACCAGGAGCUUCGCCGAGCUCUACAAGCUCGGCCCGCCGGUCGCCGCCGUCUACUUCAACUGCCAGCGUGAGGCCGGCUCCGGAGGCAGGAGGAUGUACCCCUAAACAGUCAUCGAUCCAAGCUAAGAUCUAAUUAAGAUGAUACGGUGUGGCUAGCCCGCAGCAUUAUAUUUAGCGACAUAUAUAUACACAUAUGAACUAGCAGCAGCUAUGGGCGAUGAAGCCUAGCUUGAUAUAUAUAAAUAGUACAAUAAACGGCUAGUACAUAUAUACCACUACGGCCGGGAGCUACAUCAUGCAGGCGUGCUAUGCCAUGCCGGCCGUAUUAUUGUUGCUUCUAGCUAGUCACUACCCAUGCAUGUAUAUCAUAUAUAUGUACGCAUGGAAGACAAACAUGUAAAUGACAGAUUUCUACAAUAACAUGCACGUCACGCGUGUACUUGUUGUAACAAGUCAUCGGUGUGGAAUAUAAUGUAAAAUUAGAUAUUGUAUGGAGAAAUUCGUGUAUGAUUUCAUGCA